AUGACUGUGGUCGAUGUUAAGUCAAGUGCAGAUUUUGACGUUUUGGCGCAAGGGUUUUUAGUUGUUCACUUCUGGGCAGAUUGGGCUGAACAGUGCAAACAAAUUGAUACUGUAUUGGCCGCCCUGCAGCAGAUCCAUCAGCAGAAAGCUACUUUUGCACGUUGUGAAGCGGAGGCUGUUGAUGAGGUUGCCAAGAGAUUUCAAAUCUCGGCCGUUCCUACCUGUGUCCUUAUUGUGAAAGGAGUCGAGGUUGCAAGAGUUAACGGGGCGGAUCCAGCUCAGCUGACCGCUGCUGUCGCCAAAUACCUAGCUGCGCCGAAAGGGGCCGAUGAACCAAACCCCACACACAAAUCAGAGUCAGGAGAAACGCUCACUCAGAGACUUCAUAGACUCACACACAAGUCGGGGAUUGUGUUGUUCAUGAAGGGUAUUCCAUCUGAGCCAAAAUGCAAAUUCUCUCGCGCUACAAUGGAGCUUUUGAAUCAAGUUCAAUCUGACUUUCUUUCGAACAAAGACUUCUCUUCGUUUAAUAUUCUGAAAGAUGAGGAUGUUCGACAAGGAAUAAAGGAAUAUUCGAAGUGGCCUACAUUUCCGCAGCUGUACAUCAAUGGAGAUCUUGUAGGUGGUCUUGAUGUAAUGAAGGAAAUGCAUGAAGAAGGAGAACUUUUGGAAUCAAUUGAAUCCGCCAAUUCCCUCAACACAAAGCUCAAGUGGCUUACCCAUAAAUCUCCAGUCGUGCUUUUUAUGAAGGGAAGUCCAAACGAACCUAAGUGCGGUUUUUCGAGAAAAAUGAUUGCUCUCCUCCAGGAAGCCUGUCUCGACUUCGAUCAUUUCGAUAUUUUGUCUGAUGAAACUGUUCGCCAAGAGUUGAAAACGUACUCCAAAUGGCCCACUUACCCCCAGCUCUACAAUAAAGGCGAACUUGUUGGCGGUUUAGAUGUCUGUGUCGAGCUUCACGAAAACGGAGAAUUGAGCGAUUUAGGAAAAUAA